UUCCAUUUAGUUUCAUUUGCCCACGUUGAGAACCGCUAGUCUAGACUUUGACUAGGCCAUUCUAACCCAUGAAUCGGCUCUGAUCUAAACCAUGGAGGUUUAGGGUGGUUGUCCUGCUGGAAGGUGAAGCUCCAGCCCAGCAUCAAGUCUUCAAGUCUCCAUCCAUCUUUCUGUUCCAACAGCAUGAUGCUGCCACCACCGUGUGUCAUAAAGAUGUUGUUUUGUUUUUUUCUCUUCAGGGUUUUAUAUUUAUUUAGAAAUGUUCAUUUUGGUUUGAUCUAAGCAGAGCAUGUUGGCUUUGUUCACUUUUUUUUACCUGGCUGGUGGUUUUGCUGUUUUCUCUGGGUUCAUAUGCUGCUGCAGCUCAGAGGGGACAGAAAUGCAGCCACUAGGGGCAGCAUUGUAAACCUGCUGCUUUCUGUUUGGAUCCAGAACUACAGUAGACAGAUCAGGUUUGAUUCAGGUAAAAAAAAAAAGCCUCUCUGCUGUGGUGCAGCACUACCUUUUGUCUGCCCAGCUUCCUGCUCCAUUUCUCCCUUUGGAUUGUCUGAUGAAUAUUGAAGUGUGACCAAAGUCCAGCCGUGCAGAAACCUGAAUCCUCACAGAAGCAGAUGUAAAAGCAGCAAAGUCUGUUUUCCUGAAGAUGUGAUUUUCCUGCUGCUGACUCUAAAGCCGCAUAUUAAUGUGGAUGUUGGGAUGUUUUUGAUGAAUCUGGUACCUUUAGACAUAAAAUGUGCAAAUAAGCAAUAGCUGUGAUUUAUUACGCCUUCGUGAGUCUGUAUGAAGAGCCUGUGUGUGUUUUACAAAUUCAGCAGGUUCUCUGUCUGCAAUAAUUCACCUUGGGAUUAAAUGUGCAGCAUGGUUUUUAUCGCAUGCAUGUAGAGGAGAAGCUCUGCGCCACGACCAAGAAUCUGUUUGGUGUCCAGAAAUAAUUCCCCGUCCUGGUGACACCUGCAGAAUGUGAUCAGGAGAACUUGAGAACAGAGAAAACUUCUUUUAUUUCUCACCUUCGUCCAAGUUUUCUUGGAGAUGAAGGACUCCAUCUGGGAGCUUUCUGUCUCGCUGCUUAAUGAGACUUUAACCGACCGAGUGGGUCUGAUUCUGUCACAGAUGGUUAAAGUCAGAGGUGGGACGAGUUGGAUCUCUGCUGAAUGUUCUGACUGAUUAAAGAUCCAAUCUGUCAGUUCAGAAAGCUUCAAGUGUGACACCCAAGAAGUUGCUUAAAGGGGCAGUAAUAUGUAAACUCGACUUUUCUGAGUUGUACAUUAUGUUAUAAUGCUAAUCCCUUAUCAGUGUAGCAUUGCCUUGUUUCCUUCUAGCAUGUUUGAGGAAUCCUUUAAUCUCCAUGGCAACCAUACAGCUGUGCAAAACACCUGGUUGGUCGUAGCCCCGCCUUCGAGGCGCAGCUCCUCCUCUGAGCUGCAGUUUGUAAGCUACCGGGCUUCUGCCCCACAGAGCAGCGACUCCCACAUGACUCCCCCACUCGGCUCCUUCAGACUAGCCGGCAGCAAUUAGCAAACAGCUGGUGGAACUGCUGAGCUCGUUAUAGGAGCUGCUGCUCAGUGAGACGCUGGUGAAAACGUUGUUAGAAGGUUAAUAGAGGAGACAUGUUGUUUCAGAAAGAGCAGGAGGUUUUAAAGAGAGAUUGGCCCAUUUUUAAAACCACUAAGUUAUGAAGUAACUUUUCUUUUAACUCAUAUUUGAUAUGUGUAGCAUUUUCAUAACAACUGAAGUAACAUAGUUACUUGAUUGUGCUUGAUUGUGCUAUAUGAUGUCACCAUGCAUGUAAACGCAUCACACUGCUCCUUUGAAAGCAGCCCUGCUGCUCGGAGGCGUUUAUGUUGCUGUUCCUGUUUGCACUCAGUUCAGAUUGUCUCUGCAGGAUUUUCCUCUUCCUGUGAUUCACCAGAGUCUAGAACCUGAAGGCCAGUUUUAGCUCUUACUUCCUGUUUAAACGGAGCAGAAAGACUCACUUUAGCAGCUGCAGAUUUCUGCUUCUGUUUUAUUUUGAAAGUCGUGCCAGGAAGUGGCUCACCUCACCUCCAUGUAACGUGACUUAGGCUCGUCUGACCUGUACUGUCCAACAGCUGGGAUGAAACUGGGAUCUGUGUUUGGGAAAAAAGAGAGGGAAUGAACAGCACGCCGCCAGGAUUCCGGUUGGUGUGUGACUAACUUCUUCUUCUGGUUCUGGUUCUGGUUCUGGUCUUGUUCUGGUUCUUCUCUCUAUCUUUGGGACCUCAGAUGUGUGUGUGCAGUAGGAGUGUGUGUGUGUUUGACUGCUGAUGCUGCUGGACUCAUGUUUCCAUUUCAACCAAACCUCUGAAAUAAAGUGCAGGAAGCUUUUAGUUUUUAGAUCAUUUAUUGAAAUCUGAACUUGUUUUCAGUGAGUGAAGCUCCAGAUUAACAGAAAUAAAGAAUAAACCCAUCAGUUGUUUCACAUAACCAGGUGUUUCCUGUGCAUUGUGCUCCACAGGACGACUUUUUUCGCUGACAGGGUCCAGUAGGGAUUAAAACGCGGGCGACCCAGGGCCCCCGCCCCUGGCUCUUUGUUGGCCCCCUGGUCCCUGUUGUGUUUUUUCCACUGAGUGGGUCAGUGUGUUUAGGGGGAGAUAAAAGGCUACAUGAUUUCAGGAGAGAGAAAGAGAGGUGGAAGAGUUCAGCUGCAGGUUUGUGGAGUCCUGGCCACGAGGGCCCGGAGCCACCCGGAGCCACACAGCAAAUCAUGUCUUUAAACUACAUCAAGAACUUCUACGAAGGAUGUCUCAGGCCUCCCACUGUCAUCGGCCAGUUCCACACGCUGUUCUUCGGCUCGGUUCGGAUGUUCUUCCUGGGUGUUCUUGGCUUCGCGGUCUACGGGAAUGAAGCUCUGCACUUCAGCUGCGACCCGGAUCGACGAGAGCUCAACCUGUUCUGCUACAACCAGUUCAGACCCAUAACACCUCAGGUCUUCUGGGCGCUGCAGCUGGUGACUGUCCUGGUUCCUGGAGCUUGGUUCCACCUGUACGCCGCCUGUAAGAAUAUAGAGCAAGAGGAAAUUCUUGAACGGCCCAUCUACACCGUCUUCUACAUUAUCUCCGUUCUGCUCCGCAUCAUUCUAGAAAUCAUCGCCUUCUGGCUACAGAGCCACCUCUUUGGUUUUCAGGUUCACCCGGUGUACGUCUGUGAUGCCAGCUCCUUGGAGAAGGCCUUCAAUGUGACUAAGUGCAUGGUACCUGAACACUUUGAAAAAACCAUCUUCCUCAGUGCUAUGUACACUUUCACUGUGAUCACCAUUCUCCUCUGCAUUGCUGAGAUAUUUGAAAUACUCUGCCGGAGACUUGGUUAUCUCAGCAAUCAAUGAUAGAAAGGUUCACGCACAAACACAGUGAGUGAAAAUAUCUGUCAUAUUCUCAAACUGUUCAUGUUGGGCUCAUUGUCAAUGGGACUUUCAUGAAGCAGGGAGUUGGUGCUAGAGUCGGACCUCACCUGUGGUACGUCAGUAAGCAUCACCAGGAAAUCUGGGAAGGUGCAGGCAUGUCAGAGCUGGCCAGAACCAGCUGUUCUUUUGUUUGCUGCCCUUACGUAUAGAAUGACCAUCCAUUGGUGUAUUUCAGAAGACGGUUCUGUACUGGUUUGGUCGAAAAGUGUUGAAUGAUUGGACCGGAUGGCCAGAAAGCGUCUGCUUCUUAAAGCUGCUAAGAUCCCAUGCAUUUCUUCUGAUUAGUGGAGAAGGAAAGCUCAUUUUGACCCAAACUUGAAGAUUUUUUUAACUGAAGGUUCACAGAGAUCUGAACAUUUCUUGGAGAUGAACCUCAGAUCUAAUAUUAUACCGAACAAAAGUUUGUAGGGUUGAGAUGUACACAUUAUAUGACCUUCUUUUCACCAUAUACAUUGAUUUUUGAGCAGCCUAGUGCAUCUUCUCUUGAACUCAGAUUACUGCUGACAGCUAUUGUCUGGUAAAGCUAAAACAAAAGGUCAGUGGUCCUGAAAGAAGCCCAAAGUCUCCCACCAACCCAGUGCGCCAGAAAGGCCAACAGAUUGAAUUAAUCUCCAUGAAAUUCAAAGGAAUUAAAAUGUCUUGACCCAGACCUCGUCACUAAACGAGAUACAAGCUCAGAGUAGCUUCAGUAUAACAAAGUAAGAAAAAGAAGCAAUAGAAAACUUGGUUGUGUUGACUUUUUUGGAGAAUGUCAACAAGCAAUGAUAAUUUUUAAUGGAUGCGAACAAAACUAUAUGGAAAUUUGGACAUAUUUGAAGUUGGUUCUGUUAUGAUAAUCCUCAGUUUGUUUACAGCAGCUGCCCUUAAUCUUUGUUCACGUCUGAUUUUGGUCUUUUGCUCCUUAACCACUGAAUUUAACAUAAUUUCCUCUACAUACCCAUUUAUUUGAUUUAAGCUACUUCAUGCAUUUUUCCUUUUGAAGUCAGUGUCUGUCCUUGGAUGUAUGAUUUAAUCUUCUGUACUGUUUUAUUCUUUUUUUACUCAGACAUCCAUCCAACUUUUGUUAUGAAGUUUUUAGCAAUCUGUUUAUCAUAUCAGUUACAGGAUUGGACAACAAGAGAAAAGUGGAUAACACCCAAUGCCUGUCGGCUAAGUCUGCAGAGUAAACAGUUCAGGGCUUCUUUCAUGACCCGCUGCAUGCUACCAGUAAUUGAUUUCAUCCCUUAGUAUUUUAAACCCCUAAGCAUUUGUAUAUCCACUGCAUACUUCCAAGUCUAAUUGCAGGAAUUUCAGAAGGUUAGCUGGUAGCAGCUAGUCCAGAUUAGCAUGCUAACUGUGGGCGGUUGCUAGCAUGCUAACCAGCAACAUUUAAAACUGUAAAAAUCAGGGGAUGUUUUCUCAUGUGGCACAUGUUAAAGGUUUAAACAUGUGUAUGAAAUUUCCACUACUGCAUGUUUUCUGCUUUAAUUCCUAUUCAUGCUGUAGUUUGUACUGAUUUUGCUAAGUGUAAAGAAACGGUAAAUGCUUUCUACACCCAUUUCCCACAUCUCUGUCUUUGUACUGACAUAAUUUCACCCUCAAAGAUGUUUUCAGUAUCUUAGCUACAGGAAGGCACACCUCAUGACCAAUGUAUGCAUAUUAAAACUGUCUGUCUGACUGAUAUUGCAUAUUAUCUGUAAUUUUGAUAUUUGUUAUGAGAUUAUUAAAGAAAAU